GAAGCACAGACAAGAUGAGAGAUUUGAUAGUAUUGGGAGGAAGCUCACACCCCAGUCUCACCCGGAAUAUAUGUCGUAACUUGACUACCGAACAAGGGCUAGUUGAUCUGAAGAAAUUUAGUAAUGGAGAAACUAGUAUUGAGAUUCGAGAUUCAGUUAGAGAAAAAGAUGUUUUCAUAAUUCAAAGUGGAUGUGGACAAGUUAAUGACAAUUUCAUUGAAUUGUUGAUUAUGAUAGCAGCAUGUAAGACAGCCAGUGCCAAAAGAGUUACGGCGGUAUUACCAUUAUUUCCAUAUUCACGUCAACCCGAUGUACCGCAUGCAGCAUCAAUUACUGGAGCACCAUCUAUAAGUACUAAGAAGGAACAAUAUACUUUUGAAAGUGCUCCCAGCACCCCCAGACCAUUGAGUAGAAAUGAUGAUGUAGCAUCACCACCAUUAUCAUUAAACUAUGGAGCAAAUAAUAAUAAUGAAUUAUUGAAUCGAGCAGCCAUUAAUAAUGCUAACAGUGGGAUUAAACAGCCAAUUGCAAGUAGACCGGCCACCCAAGCCAUAGCAGAAACUGAUGUUAAUGGUAAAACCGAAAGUGGAUAUAAACAAUGGAUUGCACAAAAUGGAACCCUUAUAGCAAAUUUAUUAACUACAGCAGGUGCCGAUAGAUGUAUUACUAUGGAUUUACAUGAUGCUCAAUUCCAAGGGUUUUUCAAUAUUCCGGUUGAUAAUUUAUACCUGAAACCAUUAUUAAAACAUUAUAUCAUGGAUUAUAUUCCAAACUAUGAAGAAUGUGUUAUAGUAAGUCCUGAUAGUGGAGGAGCUAAAAGAGCCACAUCCUUAGCCGAUGCCUUGGGAUGCUCUUUUGCAUUGAUUCAUAAAGAACGUAGAGCCAAAUUAGCCAAAAACCCUCCUUCUACCGCUGCCAGUGCAUCUUCCAAUAAAGGUCCCUUAACAGUGAUAAGCGGGGGUAGUAUUGGAAUGUCCAGUAGUACUAGUGUCAAUACCACUGCUAAUGCUACCACCACCAUGGUUGCAACUACAAUGUUGGUGGGAGACGUUAAAGAUAAAGUAUGUGUUUUGGUUGAUGAUUUAAUUGAUACUUCUUACACCAUCACCAGAGCUGCCAAAUUACUAAAAGACCAGGGUGCCAAAUACGUUUAUGCUUUGGUCAGCCAUGGGAUCAUGAGUGGAGACGCCGUUAAUAGAAUUAACAAAAGUGCCAUUGACAAAUUAAUCGUUACCAAUUCAGUACCACAAUUAGAUCAUAUUUCUCAAUUGGGCGACAAAUUAGAAGUUUUGGACGUUUCAAGAAUAUUGGCUGAGGCCAUUAGAAGAAUACAUAACGGAGAAAGUGUCAGUAUGUUAUUCGAUCACGGUUGGUGAUGUCUAGUUGCAAAUCAUGCUGCAUCCUAAUACCUCUUAUAUAGUUAUAUACAAUUGAAAAACAAACCUACCCUACACGUACCAUCACCCGCCAACUCAGCAUACCUAGUAACUCAGUAUACCCAGCUAUCUCAACCCCAGCUAUCCCAGCACCCAACUAUCCCAGUAUACUAGUAAACUGAUACUGCUAGAGUAGCUGAAUCCCCCCGCUGUCCGAAUCGCUUGUGGUUACCCCGGAUAAUCAUCUCCGAAUUGGAAAACCCUCCC